AUGGCCGCCGAGCCGGGCGGCGGUGGCUGGUCCGGGCAGCACCGGCCAUAUCGAUACCGGUACCGGUACUGGCUGCUGCUCGCCGCUUGCACCGUCGCGGUGCUCCUGGGCUGCGGCCGCGCCGCCGCGCUUUCCCCCUCCUCUUCCUCGCCCUGUCAGCACCGCGCGCCCAGCGGAGCGGAGGUGCUCUAUCAAGUUCCUCUCAAGGAGAACCACGUCUUGAAGAGAAAUGUGGAUCAACAGCUGAGAAUCGAGAUUGUAUACGACAGGAGUGUUGAGGAUUUGCUACCUGAGAAAAGACACCUUAUAAAGAACAAGCUCUUUCCCCAAGCUAUAUCUUAUUUGGAGAAGACAUUUCAAGUGCGCAAAUCCACGGGUACCAUCUUAUUAAGCAGGCAAUGUGUGACAAACCAAUAUUUAAGGAGGAAAGCUGACCCCCACAGGUACUGCCGAGGAGCCUGUGCAAACCACACAAAAUGUGGCCCAGUUAUAGUUCCUGAGAAACACCUCCAGCAAUGCAGGGUGUGCAAUGAGACUGAGUGGCUCUGUGGACCCACUGGCUUACCUGACCAAGAAGGCGUUCGAGACGCUGACUUUGUACUGUACGUCAGUGCUCUCACUACUGAAAGGUGUGGCCAUGAAAAUAUCAUUGCAUAUGCAGCCUACUGCCAACUGGAAGCUGAGAUGGACAGGCCAAUAGCAGGGUAUGCUAAUUUGUGUCCAAAUAUGAUUUCAACGCAAGCUCAGGAAUUUGUUGGCAUGUUGUCUACAGUGAAACAUGAGAUUAUCCAUGCACUGGGUUUCUCUGCUGGAUUGUUUGCAUUUUAUCGUGAUGAUGAUGGAAGACCUUUGACAGCAAGAUACGCAGAUGGACUCCCUCCUUUUAAUGAAAGUCUAGGUUUGUAUCAGUGGAGCAACAAAGUUGUUCAUAAAGCUGUGAGGUUAUGGGACAUCCGUGGUGGCAAAAUGCUGCGCCAUGCCGUUCAUCUUCUUGUAACACCUCGUGUAGUUGAAGAAGCUCGAAAACAUUUUAAUUGUCCAAUUCUAGAGGGAAUGGAGCUUGAGAAUCAAGGUGGCAUGGGUACUGAACUCAAUCACUGGGAGAAGAGGUUGCUGGAGAAUGAGGCUAUGACUGGAUCCCAUACACAGAAUCGAGUCUUUUCCAGGAUCACCUUAGCAUUAAUGGAAGACACAGGCUGGUAUAGAGCAAAUUACAGCAUGGCAGAGAAAUUAGAUUGGGGACGUAACAAAGGCUGUGACUUUGUAUUGAAGAGCUGCAAAUUCUGGAUCGACCAAAAGAGACGGAAGAGGCAAUUAAUCAGCCCAUACUGCGACACUUUGAGAAGUAAUCCAUUGCAGUUAACCUGCAGACAGGACCAAAGAGCAGUAGCAGUUUGCAACUUGCAGAAGUUUCCAAAGCAUUUACCUCAGGAAUAUCAGUAUUUUGACAAUCUUGAUGGAGUACCAGCAGAAGAAUUGCCUUAUUAUGGUGGCUCAGUAGAAAUUGCUGACUAUUGUCCCUUCAGUCAAGAAUUCAGCUGGCAUUUAAGUGGUGAAUUUCAACGCAGUUCAGACUGCAGAAUAAUUGAAAACCAACCAGAUCCUACCAAAAACUACGGUGCGGAAAAAUAUGGACCAAAUUCUGUAUGUCUUAUCCAGAAAUCUGCUUUUGUCAUGGAACAGUGCAGGAGGAAACUCAGUUACCCUGACUGGGGUAGUGGGUGUUAUCAAGUUUCUUGUUCUCCACAAGGGCUGCAUGUUUGGGUCAAGGACACAGCGUACUUGUGCAGCCGCUCGGGUCAGGUUUUAACUGUGAGCAUUCAGAUGAGUGGCUGGAUCCACGUUGGGAAUCUGAUUUGCCCUGCUUGUUUGGACUUCUGUGACUCCUGUCCUCCAGAGAGGGAUCCUCCGGCUUCUAACUUGACCAGGGCUGCACCAGUUGACUUAUGCUCCUGCUCGUCCAGCCUGGUUGUAACUCUUUGGCUACUGAUGGCAAACUUAAUUCCCCUGCUAACAGGAUUAUUUCUCUGCGCAUAGCACUAAGCACGGGGCAAAAUGUUCCAAGAUGACAGACCAGCAUGUUGCACUCCUUACUGUGGAGCACUGAGAUUUUUAUUUCUGCAGGCAGCUGUCUUCUACUGAACCUCAUCUCUCCUGGCAAGUAUCUGUGCAGAUGGUAGUCAGGGAGGUACUGACAAAAGCAGACAGAGCUUGAGAGGAGAAAAAUUUACUUUGUCAUCUCAAUAAGUGCCAAUACUUUCCUGAAUUGCAAUCUUUGAUUUUUUUUUUUUUUUUUUUUUUUUUUUAAUGGAGUAACAUGAUCCACUGUGUCAACUGUUUUAGACUACCUAGCAACUGGGUGAACUUCACUGUUA